AUGUCUGCCGAAGAGAAGAUGGAUGAGAUGAUUGACGAGCAGAUGUUCCAGAAGCCUGGUGAUCUGGUUGAGCGCGAUGAUGACACCGGUCUCAUGCAGCUUGAGAGCAUGUGCAUGAACUGCCACAAGAAUGGCGAAACCCGUCUCCUGCUCAUUCGCAUUCCCUACUUCCGCGAUGUUAUCCUCGAGUCCUUCGAAUGCGAGCACUGCCACUUUAAGAACAACUCUAUCAAGUCCGCCGGUCAGAUCCAAGAGAAGGGUUGCUCAUACACCGUCGUCAUCGAGAACGAGCUCGACAUGCAGAAGCAGGUCGUCAAGAGCGAUAUCCACGAGGGUCUGGCUGGUGACCAGCCCGCUCGCAAGGAGCAGGCCCCCGAGCUUCACGAUGCCCUCGAGCCGAUCAUCAACAAGUUGAAGGAUAUACUGGAGGGUAACGGGUUCCCCUUCACCAUUAGCUUGGACGACUACACUGGAAACAGCUGGAUCGCCCCCUCUAUUGGACAGGAUCACGCCAAGAAGUACCAGCGCCGCGAAUACUUCCGUACCCACGAGCAAAAUGAAGAAUUGGGCAUUUCCAACGACCCCAACGCCUCCCAGAACGAGGCCACCACUACCGAAGGCGAGACCUUCGACUCUGAGAUCGUCAACAACCAAGUCUACACUCUUCCCGCCGAGUGCCCUGCCUGCUACAAACCUUGCGUUGUUAACUGCAAGUCUGUCGACAUUCCCCACUUUAAGCAGGUUUUGCUCUUCAGCACUGUUUGCGGUGGUGAGGUUCCCGGCGAGGGAGGCAAGUGGAUCAAGAUGGAUGGCUGCGGCUACCGCAACAGCGACAUCAAGACCGGUGGCGAGGUUCCCGAAAAGGGCAAGCGUAUUAAGCUGUCUGUUGAGAGCGAGGUUGAUUUGAGCCGAGACAUUCUCAAGUCCGACACCUGCUGUCUGUCCAGCGAGGAGCUCGACCUGACAGUGCAGAGCGGCAGUCUCGGUGGACGAUUCACAACCGUCGAGGGCUUGCUCACUGAGGUCCGCGACCAAUUGCACGACCACAUUUUCGACGCCGUUGGUUCCGGUGCCGGAGACAGCAUGGCCUCUGAUGAUAAGAACAAGUGGGACAGCUUCUUUGCCAAGCUGAAUGAUGCCAUCGCUGGCAAGAUCAAGUUCACCAUUACCCUGGAGGACCCCAUGGCUAGCAGUUACGUGCAGGACCUGUGCUCUCCUGCCAAGGAUGAGCAGAUCUUCACUGAAGAAUAUACUCGCACUGAUGAGGAGGAGGAGGAGCUCGGUCUUAAGGAUAUGAAGACCGAGAACUAUGAGGAGGGUCACGCGAAGGAGAUGGCUGAGAAGGCCGCUGCCGAGAAGGCUGAGGCUGAGGCUGAGGAGCAGUCAUGA